CCACGGUUCAGCUCACCAUGCUCUUCGAUGUGAACCGAAAACUGCUCUCGCGGUCGGACCGCGUCAAGGGCACCGACUUCCAUCCGACCGAGCCCUGGCUGCUCACCGGCCUCUACAACGGCACCGUCAACAUCUACAACCACGAGACAGGCGCCAUCGUCAAGUCCUUCGAGGUCUCAACAGUCCCUGUCCGCUGCGUCAAGUUCAUCCCGCGCAAGAAUUGGUUCGUCGCCGGCUCAGACGACUUCCAGCUCCGCGUCUUCAAUUACAACACCCACGAGAAGGUCGGCGCCUUCGAGGCCCACCCAGACUACAUCCGCUGCUUGACUGUCCAUCCGACGGCCAGCAUCGUGCUCACUGGUAGCGAUGAUAUGACGAUCAAGGCUUGGGACUGGGAGAAGAACUGGAAGUGCAUCCAGGUGUACGAGGGCCACACGCACUACAUCAUGAACCUCACAUUCAACCCCAAAGACGCCAACACCUUCGCCUCCGCGUGCCUCGACCGCACCGUCAAGAUGUGGUCCCUCACCUCCCCGAACGCCAACUUCACCAUGGACGCCCACGACAAGGGCGUCAACUACGUUGACUUCUACCCCGGAGCCGACCGCCCCUACCUUGUCACCACCGGCGACGACAAGACCAUCAAGGUCUGGGACUACCUCUCCAAGAGCUGCGUCCAGACCAUGGAGGGCCACACCAACAACCCGAGCUUUGCUGUGUUUCACCCCAACUUGCCGAUCAUUAUCAGUGGGAGCGAGGACGGGACGGUGAAGAUCUGGAAUAGCAACACGUACAGGCUCGAGAACACGCUGAGCUACGCGCUCGAGCGUGCGUGGUGCGUCGCGCUCCGCAAGGAUGCAAACGAGGUUGCUGUGGGCUUCGACGAGGGUGUCGUUGUUAUCAAGCUCGGCAGGGACGAGCCCACAUACAGCAUGGACCCCUCGGGCAAACUCAUCUACACCAAAAACCAAAUUGUCCUCUCCAGCAACCUCGCCACCCUCUCCCCUUCCUCAACCUCUUCCACCGCGCCCUCGGAAAAAACAGACGGCACGCGCCUCCCCCUCUCUCCAAAAGAGCUCGGCACAACCGAGAUCUUCGCGUCCACGCUGCUGCACUCCCCGAACGGCCGCUUCGUCACCGUCGUCGGCGACGGCGAGUACAUCAUCUACACGGCGCUCGCGUGGCGCAACAAGGCGUUCGGGAACGGCAGCGCGUUCGCGUGGGCGGGGGACAGCAACACGUACGCGGUGCUCGAGGGCAAGACCAAGGUGCGCGUGUUCCGCAGCUUCAAGGAGCGCGGCGGCGCGGGCAUGAAGGGCGCGGGCAGCUGGACGGUCGAUGGGCUGCAUGGCGGGCCGUUGCUCGCUGCGCGGGGGAAGGGCUUUGUGGUGUUUUGGGACUGGGAGAGCGGGGAGAUUGUGAGGAGGGUUGAUGUUGAUGCGAAGAAUGUCUACUGGUCGGCCACGGGCACGCUCGUCGCGAUCGCGUCGGACGAUUCGUUCUAUGUUCUCCGGUUCAAUAGGGACGCGUACACCGCCGCGAUCGAUGCGGGUGCAGAUAUCAGCGACGAGGGCGUCGAGGAGGCCUUUGAAGUCGUCGCCGAGAUCAACGACUCGGUGAAGACGGCCAAGUGGACUGGCGACUGCUUCAUCUACACGACAGGGACGAACCGGAUCAACUACUUUGUGGGUAGCGAGAGCUACACGAUCUCGCCCUCGGAUACCCCGCUGUUCAUCCUCGGCUACCUCCCAGCGCACAGCCGCGUCUACCUCGCAGACAAGGACAUGCACGUGUACAGUUACGCGCUUAGUCUCGGCAUGGUCGAGUACCAGACCGCCGUCCUCCGCGGCGACAUGGACGCCGCAGCCGAGAUCCUGCCCACGCUCCCGCGCGAACAGCUGAACAAGGUCGCGCGCUUCCUCGAGGGCCGGGACCUCAAGGAGCUCGCGCUGCAAGUGACCCAAGACCCGGACCACAAGUUCGACCUCGCGCUCUCGCUCGACGACCUCGACGUCGCGCUCGACAUCACGCGCACCGUCCCGCCCGCCGAGGCCGAAACCAAAUGGAAAGCGCUCGGCGACCGCGCGCUCGCGGCGUGGCGGUUCGACCUCGCGCGCGAGGCGUUCGACAAGGCCGGGGACCUCAACUCGCUCCUGCUCCUCCUGCUCGCCGUCGGCGACCGCGCGGGGCUCGAGGGGCUCGCGGGCCGCGCGGAGGACAAGGGCGCGAAUAAUCUGGCGUUCGCGACGCGGUUUCAGCUCGGCGAUGCGGGGAGGUGCACGGAGCUGCUGGUGAAGACGGGGCGCGCGCCGGAGGCGGCGUUGUUUGCGCGGACGUAUGCGCCGAGUCGGGUGCCGGGGGUGGUGGAUGUGUGGCGCGGGGAGCUGAAGAGCAAGGGGAAGCCGAAGCUUGCGAGCGGGAUUGCGCAUCCUGGUGAGAAGGCGGAGCUGUUUGAGGAGGGCUGGGAGGAUGCGUUGAAGCGCGAGCAGGAGGGGCCUGUGGCAGUGGAGGAAGAGGAAGAUGACGACGACGACGAUGAAGACGACGAUGAUGACGACGAAGAGGAAGAGGAGGAGGAAUCAACACCGAAUGGAAGCGGGGUACUGGUUGACGCCGCUUGAUGGCGGUAAUACCCUCGUUUCCUCGUCCGACAUGUAAAAUGCUACACGCAGCUAAUUUCUAUUGCUAUCUGCCUUAAAC